AUGUUUAGACAAUUAUACAUAUUUCAUUAUUUAACUAUUGGUGUAAAUUCUAUUACAAUUAAAAUUGAUGAAAUUCUUCUAUGGAAAUUAUUUGAUUUUUUUAAUAUUAAUUUUUCUUCAUCAUCAAAUGAUAAAACAUUAAAAAAUGAAGAUCAAACAUAUGAUUUAGAUGAAGGUGAAUAUGAUACUCAACGUUUAUUAUCAUUAUUAACAUCAACACAAGCAACAAGAAUUUAUUUUUAUGAAUUAUCAAUAUCAUCCAUCGAUCUUGAUUUAAGUGUUUAUUGUGCUAAUUCACGUUCAUUACCAACACAUUUAUUAACAAUAAAACGUCGUGCACCAUUUCCUUUAAUACGUUUUGAAAAUGCACCAAUACAUUUAAAAUCUUAUGAUCAGAUACAUAUAUUUAAUACAUAUGAUUUCUUUUUACUUGCACUUACAACACAUUAUGUUGAUGAACUUAAACGGCAAGCAUUUAAAAUUUUAGGAAGUGUUGAUUUUCUUGGUAAUCCACUUGGAUUAUUUAAUGAUGUAACCGAUGGUUUUGCAAGUCUUGUUGAUCAUGGUAGUGUUGCUGGUUUAGUUAAAAGUGUUGCACAUGGUGUAGCUGAUUCAACAUCAAAAUUUACAGGUACACUUUCAUAUGGACUUGGAAAACUUGCUUUAGAUGAAGAACAUGAUGAUAUGCGUGAAGCUAUUGCAAAUAAUUAUCGUGGUUCAUCAAUUGGUCAUGUUAUUGGUGGAACAGUAGGUUUAGCAGCUGGAUUUAUUGGUGGUUUAACAUCAAUUAUAACACAACCAUAUAAAAGUGUUGUUGAAGAUGGUGUUGGUGGUUUGAUGAAAGGUGUUGCAAAAGGUAUUGUUGGAACAGUAAGUAAACCAAUGGUUGGUAUACUUGAUUUUGCAAAUGGUUUGGCAUUAGCAGUUAAAGAAGGUUCACGUUCAUCAAAUUCCAUAAUUAAAAGUCGUAUACGAACAACACGAUGUCCAACAAAUAUCUAUGGACUUCUACAACCAUAUUCAACAAUUGAUGCUAAUGGUCAAUGUUUAUUAUAUCAAAUGAACAAAGGAGAUUUAACAGAAAGAUAUAUUACACGAAUAACUAUUUCACAAACACCUGCUAAUUCAUCCUCGAAACGAAAAUUAGAUAAUGUUAAUAAUGAUGAAUAUGCACCUGAUCAACGAAGUUGUUGCAUGCAUGUAAUGAUUACAUCUCAACGUGUAAUUAUCUAUCGAACAGAAACUAAUCAAGAUGAAUCAGAUUAUGAAAUAACUGAAGUAUACGAUUUUAGUUCCAUCAUAAAUGUUCUUGUAAUAGAGGAUGAAAACCGUCGACCAUAUAUAGAAUUUCUUCAUAAUCAACCUCAACGUUCGAAUAAAAUAACAACAAUAACGACAAGUGGAAAGCCAUGUCAACGUUCUCUACUCCGAUGUGAUUUACAUGAUCGAGCAAUACGAUUAACUCGUGAUAUUCAACGAGCUAGAGAAAUUUUUGAAGAAGAAAAAUUUACAUAUAUCCCACCAGAUGAUGAAAAUAAUGAUGAAGAUAAUGAUGAUAUCACAAAUGAGCAACAACUCGAUGAAACAGUACAAAUGACUUGA